AUGUCUCGGUUGAGUUCCGAAAAGAAACUCGGUGCAGGUCGCAUUGUUGCUGUUGCUAUUGAGAAUAAUAAAACUAGCCAACAUGCUGCUAAAUGGGCUGUGGAAAAUCUUCUGCCUAAAGAUCAAUGCCUCUAUCUCAUUCAUGUUAAAGCAAAAAUUAAUUCUUCCACUUCCAUCUCAUCAUCGUCAUCUGGAGGCUAUGCAUGUAAUGGCGAUGUAAAUGAAGAUGCCUUUGAUAGCGAAUCAAAAGAUCUUUUUGAUUCCUUUCGUGUUUUCUGCAAUAGAAAAAGCAUACAAUGCAGAGAAGUGUUGUUGGAGGAUACGGAUAUAUCGAAGGCGUUAAUAGAUUGCAUUUCGACUCAUUGUAUUGAGCUUCUUGUAUUAGGAGCAGCAUCAAGGGGUGGCAUCGUUAGAAGAUUUAGAACAACGGAUGUUCCAACCACUGUUUCGAAAGCGGCACCACCAUUCUGCACUGUAUAUAUAAUUUCUAAAGGAAAGAUUUCUACUGUUAGAUCUGCAACAGCUUCAAUUCCUAAACCAGCCGUGAUGCCUAUGAUUGCGCCACCAACACCGUCACGUAAUCAGCAGUUUCAACAGCAAUAUGCAAUGGCGGGUCGAAGUCCGGAAAGAUCGGAGCCUCAUUUGACAAGAAACUACCCACCGCGACCUAUAUCAGAUAGGCAUUCAGCAUUCGGGAUGCGGCAGGGGCUGGAUGAUGAACAAGAAAUGAUAUCACCGUUCAAUAGGAGAGGACACAAAGCAUACGAGUCCUCGUGUCCUGAUUCAGAUAUAUCAUUUGUGAGCAGUGGAAGACCAAGUAUUGAUCGAAUAUUCCCUUCGAUGUAUAACAUGGACGAUCUAGACACUAGUAUUAGUAGUGGAAUUCCCACCGGGAGGCUUUCAGAUUUUGAUGCAAGAAGCAGCUUCGCUUCAUCCUAUUCUGGAGGAGGAGGAGGACCAAAGUCAAUUGACAUGUCAUCUCAUUUGGAUGAUUAUUCAUUCAGCUCUCAUAGCAGUGGUGGUGGUCUUUCUUCAUCAAGGUUAUCUGAUGGUGGAGAUGAAGUCGAAGCAGAGAUGAGAAGGCUUAAGCUUGAACUCAAACAAACUAUGGAAAUGUACAGUUCAGCUUGUAAGGAAGCACUCACAGCCAAGCAGAAGGCAAUAGAACUACAACGUUGGAGAUCCGAAGAAGAAAAGAAGUUGGAGGAGGCAAGAGAAGGUGAAGGAGCAGCUAUGGCUAUGGUAGAGUUGGAGCAAGAAAAGUGUAAAGCUGCGCUCAAGGCAGCGGAAGCAUCUCAGAGAAUCGCAACAUUGGAAGUACAAAAGCGAAUAAACGUAGAAAGGAAAAGCGAAAUAGAAGCAACUCAGAGGAGAAAAUCGGACGAUUCUUAUAAUCCAAUGCAUAGCACUGCUAGAUAUAGAAAAUACAGUAUUGAGGAAAUUGAAGCUGCAACAGAAAGGUUUUCAGACAGUCUCAAAAUCGGUGAAGGAGGGUAUGGUCCUGUUUUCAGAUGUGAACUUGAUCAUACGCAGGUUGCUAUCAAAGUGUUGAAAUCAGAUGCAGCUCAAGGAAGGCAACAAUUUAACCAGGAAGUUGAAGUUUUGAGUUGUAUAAGACAUCCAAAUAUGGUGCUUCUUUUAGGAGCAUGUCCUGAAUUUGGUUGUAUAGUGUAUGAGUACAUGGCUAAUGGAAGUUUGGAUGAUUGUUUGUUCAGGAGAGGAAAGUCACCUCCUCUUCCUUGGCAGUUGAGAUUCCAAAUUGCUGCUGAGAUAGCCACCGGACUCCUUUUCCUUCACCAGACUAAACCAGAACCGAUUGUGCACCGUGACUUGAAACCUGGAAACAUUUUGCUUGACCGAAACUAUGUGAGCAAGAUUGGUGACGUUGGUUUGGCAAGGCUCGUUCCUCCUUCUGUUCAAGACACUGUAACUCAGUAUCGCAUGACUUCGACUGCUGGAACUUUUUGUUACAUUGACCCUGAGUACCAGCAAACCGGCAUGCUUGGUAUCAAAUCUGAUAUUUACUCACUUGGAAUCAUGCUUUUACAAAUGAUUACCGCCAAGCCUCCAAUGGGUUUGACUCAUCAUGUUGGUAGAUCUAUUGAAAAGGGAACUUUUCCUGACAUGCUCGAUCCUGCUGUUCAGGAUUGGCCUAUUGAACACGCCUUACAUUUCGCCAAACUUUCCCUUCAGUGUGCAGAAAUGAGAAGAAAAGAUAGACCUGAUCUUGGAAAAGUCGUGCUUCCUGAGCUCAACAAACUCAGAAUGUUCGCCGAUGAAAACAUGCCUAUGAUGAUGUUUAGAGGCGGUAGUGCAGCAUUCAAUCACAGAAGUGCCAACUAUUUCAUGAAUUCCCCAGUUUCUACAAAUCAAGACAUUAUGAGUGAAUCAGAUUCUUUGUCAGGAAUAUCGGGAUACGGAAGCCGUUCUAGCACAUCAUCAUUGGGGAGACUGUAA